GGGACAAGUACAACCAGAGUCAUCAGUGUUAAUUACUUGGUCUUCAACAGCAUUUCGAAAAUCUCUUAACAUUGGUGGCCUUGAAUUUUUUUCAUCAAGACUUCUAACUGAUCACUUACAAAUGAUUAAAAGAAUUGAUUUUUUUCCUGAGACUCAUCAAUUCACUUCCUGAAAAAUAUCAUUUUGCUGAUUAUUUGUAAAUAAGACUCUUGGAAAUCACUGGAAUCAGACUCAAGUGUUUAAAAGAAACGGGUGUGCACCUUAAUACUAUUCUCAAUUAGAAAAAUGGGCUGUGAUCGGAACUGUGGACUUAUCACUGGUGCUGUUGUGGGUGCAGUGCUGGCUAUCUUUGGAGGUGUUCUAAUGCCAGUGGGAGAUAUGCUAGUCGAGAAGACAAUUAAAAAGGAAGUUGUCCUUGAAGACGGUACAAUUGCUUUUCAAAACUGGGUUAAAACUGGCACAGAAGUUUACAGACAGUUUUGGAUUUUUGAUGUGCAAAAUCCACAAGAAGUGGUUGUUAACAGUAGCAAAAUUAAGGUUGUGCAAAGAGGUCCUUAUACUUACAGAGUUCGCUAUUUAGCCAAGGAAAACAUAACCCAUGAUUCUGAGAGCCACACAGUUUCCUUUGUACAGCCUAAUGGUGCCAUCUUUGUACCAUCACUAUCAAUUGGGACAGAGAAUGAUACUUAUACUGUUCUCAAUCUGGCAGUUGCAGCUAUACCUCAUCUUUAUCCAAAUGCAUUUGUUCAGUCUGUACUCAAUUCACUUAUCAAAAAGUCAAAAUCUUCUAUGUUUCAAAGGAGAACUGUGAAAGAACUGUUGUGGGGUUAUACAGAUCCAUUCCUCACUUUGGUCCCAUACCCUAUUGUUACCACAAUUGGUUUGUUCUAUCCUUACAAUGAUACAGUAGAUGGAGUUUAUAAAGUUAACAGUGGAAAAGAUGAUAUCAGCAAAGUUGCCAUAAUUGAAAAAUAUAAAGGCAAAAAGAAUCUUUCAUAUUGGGAAAGUUAUUGUGACCUGAUUAAUGGUACAGACGCAGCCUCGUUUCCACCUUUUGUUGAAGAGAGCCGAGUAUUGCAAUUUUUUUCUUCUGAUAUAUGCAGGUCAAUCUAUGCUGUAUUUGGAGGCAAGAUUGAUCUGAAAGGAAUUCCUGUAUUCAGAUUUGUUCUUCCCUCCAAGGCCUUUGCAUCUCCAGUUGAAAAUCCAGAUAACAUUUGCUUCUGCACAGAAAAAAUUUUCUCGAAUAACUGUACAAAUUCUGGUGUCCUAGACAUUAGCAAAUGCAAAGAAGGAAAGCCCGUGUAUAUUUCACUUCCGCAUUUUCUGUAUGCAAGUUCUGAUGUUUCAUCAAGCAUUGAAGGUUUACAUCCUGUAGAAGAAGAACAUAGAACAUACAUAGAUGUUGAACCUAUAACUGGAUUCACCUUACAGUUUGCAAAACGACUGCAGGUCAACUUACUAGUUAAACCAGCAAAAAAAAUUGAUGCUCUAAAACAUCUGAAGCAUCACUAUUAUGUGCCAAUUAUUUGGCUUAAUGAGACUGGUACCAUUGGUGAUGAGAAGGCAGAAAUGUUCAGAAGUAAAGUGACUGGAAAAAUAAAACUCCUUGGUCUGGUAGAAAUGGUAUUACUCAGUAUUGGUGUGAUAAUGUUUGUUGCAUUUAUGAUUUCAUAUUGUGCAUGCAGAUCAAAGAAAAUAAAAUAAGAAGAAAAUGAAUCAACAUUUCUGUACAAUUACAUCAAGAAUUUUGCUACUAUCAACCUUUAAAAGGAAACUUUCAUAUGCUUUAUUUUCUGAAACAUGAUCUUUUAGUUGAAAAAAUAUGGCACUGUUUUUGUACUAUCUUGCAGCAGCUCGUUUCUAAAAGAUUGUUGAUAUGCCAUUAAAAGCUAUAUUUUAAACAAAAGAAAUUUCCUUCUAAAAUGCAUUACCUACACAGUUGAAUUGAUUUUUGUUUCUACAGACCUGCUCAAGUAUGAAGCAGUUAUGAUCAUGUGAUAUUGAGUCACUAAUGCGUUUCAUAGUGAUAAAUUCUGGACCCAGAACUUUUGUCUUUCUCAUCAAGGGAAAAGCACAUCCAGCAUUGGUAGUGCCCCUAUUUAGUUGGAACACAAAGACCCCAGGACUUUACAUCACAUUUCAUCAGCACCAACUAUUUCUGAAAAACUUUUAAUAAUGAAAACAAAUGACUAACUAUGAGCCA